CUAACCCUUAUUUCUCCCCACAAAAACCUCUCCUCCAUACGCAAAAGUAAUACACAAAAUAAGAGAGGGAAAAACAGUUCCUUCAUGGGUCAUCAUAAUCACGUAUUACUCUCUUUUGUCAUUCUUUCUUAUCACUGAAAUCCUUUCUUCCUGAUCUCCUAAUUUUUUUGUUGCUGGGAUUAUCUCUACUCGGAGAAUAAUUAUUAAGAUGGCGAAUUCUUCGUCCGGGAUGGCAGUGCACGAUGAAUGCAAGCUGAAGUUCCAGGAACUUAAAGCAAAGAGGAACUAUCGCUUCAUUGUGUUCAAGAUCGAUGAGCGGAUUCAGCAAGUGACGGUUGAAAAGGUCGGCAGUCCAGAGGAGACCUACGAAGAUUUCUUUAAAUCAUUCCCUGCAGAUGAAUGCCGUUACGCUGUCUUUGAUUUUGAUUUCACUACUGAGGAGAAUGUCCAGAAGAGCAAGAUUUUCUUCAUUGCCUGGGCUCCUGACACUGCAAGGGUGAGGAGCAAGAUGGUUUAUGCGAGCUCCAAGGACAGAUUCAAGAGAGAAUUGGAUGGGAUUCAGGUGGAGUUGCAGGUAACAGAUCCUAGUGAGAUGAGCAUGGAUGUCAUCAAAGGCCGCGCCAACUGAGUCCCAGAAAUCAUCGUCCCUCUGAACUACAAUUGUUUCACUUUGUUGCAAGCUUGCUUUGGAAACUUGAAUGAUGAUUAUUAUUAUUAUUAUUAUUAUUUUUUGUGUCUAAAUUAUUAAUAUUCAACCAUUUUUAUUGUUUCCUUUUAGAUUUGUCAUCAGUUCUUUCGUCAAAAGUUUUGUUUCCCAAUUGGAAACAAAGACAAUAAGUUCUGGUUUGUUUUCCAGAGAAUUAUGUAUACAUGUAUAUAUAUAUAUCCCUUCCAAGUUCCACAUAUGGAAAUAUGGUGCUUAAUUAAUUUUACAUGUAUUAUCAGAUUCUGAUAUUUAUUUAAAUAAUUUAUGGAGUUGAAUCCCUUGUUCAA